GCAUAUUUAUAAAUAAAAAAGGACUCGAUAAUUUUCUAGUCAUGAUUUGAUACCAUAUUUAAGUAAUGACUAUAAGAACUAUAAUAGCAGUUAGCGUGCUGGUUAAAUGAAGUGUGAGGAGUGAAAAUGGUUUGUGACGGCGUUGUGUGUGUUCCUAAUGAACAAAGCAGAGAGCGCGCCAAUAGAAUUGUGGCGGGCGUCUUGUGUUUCGAACGGAGGCAGAGAAGACGGUCCAAUAGUCAACAGGUGACGUAAAACGUUCUAUCGAAUAGCAGACGAGCGCGUUCGAGAUGCCCAAUCAGCGCAGGGUGGCGUUAUGGCUUAAAAAGGCCGCGUUCGUGCGCGCCGUUUAUCCUGUUUUUCUAUCCGUGAAGCGCAGAGCUCGACACUAUGGCAAGAACCAAGCAGACCGCCCGUAAGUCCACCGGUGGCAAGGCGCCAAGGAAGCAGCUCGCCACUAAGGCUGCCCGCAAGAGUGCGCCGGCUACCGGCGGCGUGAAGAAGCCUCACCGUUACAGGCCCGGCACCGUGGCUCUGAGGGAGAUCCGCCGUUAUCAGAAGUCUACUGAGCUGCUCAUCCGCAAGCUGCCCUUCCAGCGCCUGGUGAGAGAAAUCGCUCAGGACUUCAAGACCGACUUGCGUUUCCAGAGCUCGGCCGUCAUGGCCCUGCAGGAGGCGAGCGAGGCAUACCUGGUCGGUCUGUUCGAGGACACCAAUCUGUGCGCUAUCCACGCCAAGAGAGUGACCAUCAUGCCCAAGGAUAUUCAGCUGGCCCGCCGUAUUCGCGGAGAACGCGCUUAAACCACAACUCCGUCUAAUAUACACAAAGGCUCUUUUAAGAGCCACUUCCUCGUCUCACAAAACAGCAAAUUUUCUUUCUUGGGCAGUUUAAGUAUUAGAACGUGGUACAG